AUGCAUGUCGUGGUUGAUACCGUUGCUGAAUCACUGUCAAAAAGUGCAGAAAAGAUAGAGGAGAAGACAGAGACCACUGCAGCGAAUAAAUCUGAACAAGUAACAUUAACAACUAUACCAACCACAGAAAGUUCUCUGAAAGUUAUAAGCCCAUCUGAAUCCCAUGAAGAACUGGAAUCGAGAAAAGACACAGACGACGACAAAGGUGUACAGUCCAAAGUCGCCAGUAAACCACUGCCAGACAAUUUAUAUAAUCCGGAAGACUCGUUGCAAACCACCACCAUGAACAGCAUUGAAAAAAAGAGGCCUGUAGAAGGCAGUGGAACAAACGUUUCGUUAGAUAUCCCGGUAAACAGCCAUAAUCUAACGACAACAACGGAAGAAAACUCAAUACUUUUUGACACCAAUAAAGAUGCAGCAAACGAAGCGGAACUGGCCACUCCUCAGACAGACAAAAUCAAUGUAACUAUUACCGAAAGCAAAGACAAAAACAGUCUAGAAGCACCCACCACAUAUCAAGACAAAACGACAGACAUGUAUACAGUGACUUCGAGGAAUGGCCAGACUGGAAUAAACGAGUUCUUCCAUCCUUCUACUCUUACAACUACUGGUUUAUUCAGUUACACUACCGAAGUGUCAAGCACAGAGAUGAACACAGAAGCUAAUGACUAUACUGCAGAAGAAGCUUCAAAAACAACAGCUCUUCCAAUUAGUAGCAACAAGCUAGAGACGAAAGAGUUUAUGGAUGUCCCGCAGUCAAAUGGGAAAACUGAAUUUAAUAAAAAUAAAGAAAGCGCAAUUCAGACGACAGAUAGUGCCGUCGAAAUGCGUACUUCAAUUACAGAGCUUCUCACAACCGAGCUUUCAACAACUCCAUCUUCGACUAAUGCCAACAGUGGUAAUCCAGAAAAUGCAUUAACAGAAGUGAUUACCGACCGAAUAACAACAGAUACUUAUUAUUCUCAGGGCUAUGAAACAACAGCAUUACCAGACGUUGUCAACGCACAAGCGAAUGUUAAUUCCCAUUUAAACGCAGAAAAAGAGGAACAAUCUUUAACUAAUAUAGACGAAAAGCUUUCGAAAGACACAGCUGAGAACAAGCCAUCCACGCUUCCAAUAGGCGAAAAACUAUUAGGAAACAGUGAAGAAAAAUCGGUUGAAACUACAACAGAGAAACCAAAAUCACUGAAUGUGUCAACACAAGGAAACCUUUUACAAAAUCCGGCAGAUGUGACAUCAAGAACCUCCGCAGUCAAUAGGACACCGCUCACAAUUCCAUUUAACGACCAAUUUGCAACGAUCACGACAGAAAUGAACAAAAACCCAGGACCUCUGCCAACUGUGGAAAAAAAAGAUAAGCUUUUCACAAGUGCCUCACUUGAAAAGAAUUCCUCGAAUAUAUUAAGCAGUGAACAGUCAACACUUGAAAACACCACUGAGCUCUUAACCACAGUAGUAAAAAAUAGUGGUCGACCAAAAGUUAAAGUAGGCACUACAUCGUUACUGUUAGUCGGUGAGAACUAUGAUUCCAUGGAAGCUGCAGAAAGUGAAAUUGAAACAAGAUUUUCAAGUUCUGCCACUGAACCUAAUAUUUUAAGCACUACCACUUCUAAAACCACUCAUACGCCGUCUGGCUUCAAGAAGAAAUCGGCCGAUUUAUCUUCAGACACAGUAUCCAGAAAUGAAACUUCUGUGUUUGAUUUUACAACACAGCAAUCGGUAAUUAACCGUGACGAACAAAAGGCUCCAAAUGAAGAGUUAAGUUUAACGAAUUCAACAAACAGUAAGCAACAAAGUAGGUGUGAGACAAAUAAAGCAAAGGAAGUAACAGCAGAGUCUGAUUUGACAAACCCUCCGAACAUCACGAAAGUAGACAGCGAAGUUAGCCAAAAAGCCAAAAAAAAUAAAAACUCAGAAAAAACACUGUCAGCAAAAUCGACAAAAAAACAUUCACAAUCAAAGAAAAACAGAACAAAAAGUGAGCGAGCCGAGAUAAAGUUGCAAGAGUCAACAGAAAUUGUUGCAGAAUUCGAUCCUGACGAUCCAGCAGAAAAAAUUCGACAAGGUUGGAGAAGAGCGCUGGACGAAUUGAGACAAAGGUUACGAGCACACUUGGAAAAAAGAAGAAAAAUGAACAGCAAUAAAAAUAAUUUUGGUUCAGAUGCUACUGUUAUUGCUAAGGAAAACAGUGACGCAGGGGUUGACGAACAAGAUGGGCACCGCUACAUUAUUCAGGUUGUUCGAAGUGUAGUUAAAGAGCACAGAAGUGACGCAAAAAGUAACAGACCUCAAGUUUCUUUGUUGCGUUCGGAUUCAGAGGAGGGUGAACCAAUACUGACUGCAGAACAAAGUUUGAAGACCUUACUGGAUGAAAAACAAAAAAGCAAUGUGUCUGAUGAGUUAGUAGCACCUGAAAAAGGCGAUGAUAAAACUGAAAAAUUAAAGACUGCCAAGCCUUUGACCAAGUUCCCAAGCCAUGAUAAUGAAACAAAAGGCAAGAGUGAAAAAGCUGACGGCAUUCUACUCAGUUUCGCCGGUGUUCCCACAAAGAAAGAAUUUAAAAGCGAGGAAGCGAGAGUUAUAAAUCAGACGUCAUUGUUAAUCGCAGAAAACACUACUAAAGUUUCAAAUGACGUACUUGAAGAUGCUAAAUUUGAAAAAAUUGUGGAAAAUGAAAACUUAACGUUGCUGAGAGAAAUUGAGAGUUUUGACUUAAACGGAACAGAAGAAGAAAAAUUUGGUGUUUUGGAUUUAUCAGAGAACUACACAGCAAUACCAAAAGAGACGCCAAAAGAAACGACUACAUCCAUUUUGUACGACCAAGAUUCAUCUGAGAAUUUUCAUAACGUUGGAAUUACCUUGACGACAGAGCCUACCGUGUCGGCUGCAAGCAGUCAACCUCUUAAGAUUAAAGAAGACCUUAUGACUAGUAAAAUUGGCACACACGGAUCAGAAGGUACGUUUGUGAGCAAUGCUACAAAUACUGAAGUACUGGAAGAAACGAAAAAUACAAGUAAGCCACUGAAAACAGAAACUGACGGCAUUUCUGAGGAACGGUCGGACGAAAUAAUAAUACUGAGACUAGAACCAAAAGAAAAGCUGUUGAAGGCAGUAAAAAACCCAGAAGUAGCACUUGUCGUGGAUGAUAAUUAUGAGAGUAGGAGAGUGACAGAGACUGAAGUGGUAGGUGCAGUGGAAUCAGGAAAGAAUCUGGAGUCUGGAGAAAAAUACGAGUGA